GCCUUGUACCAUGUGACCUCUUGGAUCAUUCACAGAUUUCACACGUAGUAAGCAAUGAUGUCACAAGUGACGUCUUGCUUACUACUUUGCAUGUCCCGUCCGAUGACCGGUGUUUCACUGUGUCCGGAGGACACAGUGGACACCGGAUCGCGGUGCUGCGCACUCCCAGGGAGCGCGCACAAGCAGGGUGCGGGGAGGCAGUUUAUAAAAGGCCACCCGACCCUGCAGUGCCACCGUCCAGCUGUUUAUAUACAACGGCCAGGGAGGUGGUUA